CAAUCGCUCUGCUAAACUCGCCUCUGAAGACCUCGAACCUUAUACUGAAAAUACCGAACCAAAAACGUAACUCGAAGUAAUGGAGAAGAAGCAAGUAUGUUGCAGGGAUAUAGACCUUCAAUGAGGACUUGAUAGGAACUAAAUUCUAGCUAGAAGUGGAAUAAAAAAUGGCACAACCAGGAAUCAAGAUCCCUAACGAGAAUCCCUCAUUGCAGAAAGAAAAUGACGAAUGCAAAAAAAUACAAGAACUAUCAGUUGAAAGGGAGAAAAAACUCAAAGAACAGCAAGAAGAAUUGGAAAAGAUGCAUAGAGAACUUGAAAAAUAUAAAAAAGACAAUAAUAUAUUAAGAAAAAAAGCUGAUGAAAAGGAGGACAGUAUAAGGGAACUUCAGAAAAAGCUAGACCAUUAUCACCAACUUAAAUUGGAAAGGAACCACAUUUUAAGCAGAUUAAAUUCAGUGGCGGGGGCCAGACAGAACAUCCACUUUCCUGAAAUAGAUAUUGCGGAACAAAGCAACAAUAAUAGAUCGGAGGAAAAUGAUUCGAUCUUAUCAAAAGAUAAUAAGAAUAUUCAAGAUCCCAAACUCCAAGCUGCUGAAGAAAAAAUUCAAAGCCUUCAAACAGAAAAUUCUUCAUUAAUAUCAGCCUUGGCAAAGAAAUCUACAGAGAUUGAAGACCUCUUAAACAAAGAUAGAAACCUGCAGAAAUACAAAACAGAUGCAGAGCACAAAACCAGCACGCUUAUGAACGCCUUACAUGACAAAGAAACUGAAAUUGAAGCUUUAAGCAAGCAGUUAGCAAGAUCUGAGGAAAAUGUUUCAAUCCUAUCAAAAGAUAUACAGAAUAUCCAAGAGUCCAAACGCCAAGUUGCUGAUGAGAAACUUCAAGACCUUCAAACAGAAAAUGGUUCCCUAAAACUAACUUUGGCAGAGGCAACUACAAAGAUUGAUGACCUUUGGAACAAAUGUACAAACCUGCAAAAAUACAAAAGUGAUACAGAACUUGAGAUCGGGACGUUAUUAAAUGUUGUAGAAGAGAAAGAAACUGAAAUUGAAACUUUACACAAACAUCUAGCAAGAUCUGAAAAAAAUGUCUCAAUUUUAUCAAAAGAUAUUAAGGACAUUCAAGGUUCAAAACGCCAAGCUGCUGAUGAGAGAGUUCAAAGCCUUCAAACAGAGAAUGCUUCCAUAAAAUUAGAAUUGACAAAGGCAACUACAGAGAUUGAAGACCUCUUAAACAAAGAUAGAAACCUGCAGAAAUACAAAACAGAUGCAGAGCACAAAACCAGCACGCUUAUGAACGCCUUACACGACAAAGAAACUGAAAUUGAAGCUAUAAGCAAGCAGUUAGCAAGAUCUGAGGAAAAUGUUUCAAUCCUAUCAAAAGAUAUACAGAAUAUCCAAGAGUCCAAACGCCAAGUUGCUGAUGAGAAACUUCAAGACCUUCAAACAGAAAAUGGUUCCCUAAAACUAACUUUGGCAGAGGCAACUACAAAGAUUGAUGACCUUUGGAACAAAUGUACAAACCUGCAAAAAUACAAAAGUGAUACAGAACUUGAGAUCGGGACGUUAUUAAAUGUUGUAGAAGAGAAAGAAACUGAAAUUGAAACUUUACACAAAUAUCUAGCAAGAUCUGAAAAAAAUGUCUCAAUUUUAUCAAAAGAUAUUAAGGACAUUCAAGGUUCAAAACGCCAAGCUGCUGAUGAGAGAGUUCAAAGCCUUCAAACAGAGAAUGCUUCCAUAAAAUUAGAAUUGACAAAGGCAACUACAGAGAUUGAUGCCUUUCGGAAUAAGUGUACAAUGCUGCAAAAAUACAAAACAGAUACAGAGCAUACGAUUAACACAUUGUUGAACGCCGUAAAGGAGAAAGAAACUGAAAUUGAAACUUUAAACAAACAACUAGCAAGGAAAAACAAAGAAUUAUCAAAAGACAAAGAAAAUGCCGAAAACCAGAAAAACAGACAAUCUAAAGCUCUUGACGAGAAAGAAAAAGAAAUCGAGAUCAUGCGAAAUGAUAUAGCAAGAUAUAGAGAUAAAAUUUGGACCUUGACCAAAACUGUUGAGGAUAUUAAAGGAUCAAAAAGCCAAGCUGCUGAUGAGAAUAUAAAAGACCUUCAAAAGAAAAUUGGUUCUUUAAAAUCAGAGUUAAGAAACGCAACUACUGAGAUGAAUGAUUUGUCUUACAAGUAUAAAUGCCUUCAAAAGGACAAAGAAAGUGCAGAAUAUACAAUUAACAAGUUGUUAAGGAAUGUGCAAGAAAAGGAAAAGGAAAUAAGCUCAUUAAUUGAAGAUCUAGCUAAUGCCAAUGAAAACGAAGAUAGAGAGGAACAUGCUGCUUCUGCAAAUACUAUACAAAAGCUUAAUGAUGAAAACGCCUCCUUAAAAUCAAAGUUAUCUCAAUUGUCACAUGAGACUGAGAAGAAAGUAUAUGCACUUAUAAAGGAAAUAAAAAGUCUACAGAAAUCAAAAGGAACCAGUUCAGAGGAGUAUAAUGCAAGAAAACUCUACGAAGAAAAUGAGUUUCUAAAAGCGCAAUUAGAUCGUACUUCAAGAAGUUAUGAACAGCUCAGAAAGGAUUAUAAUGAGGUGAAGCGAGAAAGGGACCAUGCAUUAAACAGAUUGAGAUCCGUAGCAGGGGAGAAGCUGAGGAACAACAACCCUGGGAUAGCUGACCUGAGUGAUGAGAAUCGGCCGAUAAACUUGGGAGAAAAAUUCAGCCAGCUCUAUGAUGACCAAUGGACUGAUGCAAUUGAACACCUGGAAGAAAUGGGUUAUAGCGAAACAGACGGAAUACGGCGUCUCCUAGAUAUUCUUAAGGCUGUGUUCGAUGAAUGUGUUAAAUUAUCAGACUUCCACUUCAAUCAACUAAAAGAGUUAACUGGAACAUGGCGCCUACCAAAUGACCAGUUGAAAAAGUUGAUAGACUUUCGCAAAGCCACGGCAAUACAUUCGGUAGCCAAAAUUAAACAAGUUGUAAACGACUACAUGAGUACAGCCUUCAGCAAGGAGAAAGCUGCCUGCCAGACCUACAUCAACCGAAGCAUAGAGCUAUGUUGGUUGAUGAGUGUACAGGAUCCGCCAGUCGUCAUUGACUUCAUUGCCGUCUACGGUCAAGCUAUUGACGAUAAAAUUUUACGAAAGUUCACAAAGACAGGCUCUAAGAUUGACUUCUUGGUUUGGCCUGUGAUUCGAUUGCACAAAAACGGACCUUUACUACAAAAGGGUGUCGUGCAACCAAUUUAGAUACAUAUGUUAAUGGCAUACUUUAUAUUUAUACAUACACGCCUUUUGUUUUUUAAAUAUUAUUGUGUACAUUGAUCUCCUUUUUACCUGAACGAUUCUAAAAUGUGUCUGAGAGAUAAAAAAUUAUUCUUUGUCGAA